CAUAUUAAGAUGGAUGAAUGGAUAGAUAAGAUAUCAGCCCAAAGCCAAAGCAUGCACUUGCAUCUCUGUCCUAAACAUACAUGGCCUCACUUGGAUUUCCAUCCAUAUCCAUACCCAUUCUCUUCUUGAUCACCCUGCUGUCCACUGUACCCACAUCUUCUUCUCCUGGUCCAAGCAAGAGCAAUGGCAGCGACACUGAUCUUGCUGCCCUGCUUGCUUUCAAAACACAGCUCUCCGACCCUCUCCGCAUCCUUGCCAGCAACUGGACCACCAGCACGAAUUUCUGUCACUGGGUUGGUGUCACAUGCAGUCCGCGCCGGCAGCGGGUCACCGCUUUGAAACUGCCAGGCUCCCCCCUCCAUGGAUCAAUCACUCCUCACCUUGGUAACCUCUCUUUCCUCUCCUAUCUCAAUCUCAACAAUACAAAUCUCACGGGCUCCAUCCCCGAUGAUUUAGGACUACUUCGUCGUCUUAAAUAUCUACAUCUCGGAUUCAAUGGCCUAUCAGGUAGCAUCCCAACCACCAUAGGAAACCUCACAAAGCUUCGUGUUCUUUCCUUGCAAGGUAACCAUCUAUCUGGUUCAAUCCCGGUAGAACUGCAGAACCUACAGAGUCUUGGCUACUUCCUUAUCUUCAGGAAUUACCUGAGCGGCUCAAUACCCACCUAUCUAUUUAAUAAUACCCCUCUGAUAACUCACUUGAACAUUGGCAACAACAGCCUGUCAGGACAUAUUCCAUCUUGUAUUGGCUCCUUACCAAUGCUCGAGUCCCUUGUCCUUCAAGCGAAUCGUUUCAGCGGCCCAGUACCUCCAUCAAUAUUCAACAAUUCUAGAUUAACUGAAAUCUGGCUUGAACUGAACUACAACUUAGUUGGUCCAAUCCCUAACAACGAAAGUUUUAGUCUGCCAGCGUUGCAAAAGAUCAGCCUGGGCGGCAACAGAUUCACCGGUGAGAUUCCAUUGGGGCUCUCCUCUUGUCUCUACCUCCAAACUAUCUCCCUCGAUGGGAGUUUCUUUGAGGGUGUUGUGCCAACGUGGCUAGGUAAGCUUUCUCAUCUCAGUUUCCUUUCCUUGGGUUGGAAUCACCUUGUUGGUCCAAUUCCUCUUGCACUUAGCAACCUCACUCAGCUAGGUUUACUAGCCCUGCAAGGCUGUAAGCUGUCGGGCUCCAUUCCGGAAGAAUUUGGACAGCUGGACCAACUCACUGUGUUGGAUGUCUCAUACAAUAAACUAGUAGGACCCAUUCCUGCUUCUCUUGGUAACCUCUCUGAAUUAGCAUACCUCCUCUUAAACAAAAAUAUGUUCCUUGGACCGGUACCAGGAACAAUUGGUAGUAUCAACUCUAUGCUUCAUAUUGACAUUUCAGAGAACCGCCUAGUGGGGGGUCUUAGCUUCUUAUCCAGUUUUUCUAAGUUUAGAAAGCUCCAGUUUAUUCAAAUCUCUUCAAAUAAUUUCACCGGUGGCAUUCCUAACUAUGUGGGGAACCUGUCGAGCCAGCUGCAGAUUUUCGCUGCAUCUAAGAACAAUUUUGUUGGUGAACUUCCGGCUAUGAUUUCAAACCUAACAGGUCUUGAAUGGCUAGAUUUUUCAGAGAAUCAGCUGGAUAGCAAGAUUCCAGAAUCCAUUGUGAUGAUGGAGAAUCUCCAGUGGCUUGUCCUGCAUGGAAAUCGCUUGUUUGGGUCCAUCCCACCUCAGAUUGCCAUGCUCAAGAAUAUAGGAAAUCUGUUCCUUUCCAACAAUAAAUUGUCUGGUUCAAUACCGGAGGGGAUUGGUAACCUGACCAAGUUAGAAUACCUGAUACUGUCUGCCAACCAGUUAUCAUCAAUUAUCCCAUCAAGUCUAUUUGAUCUUGACAAUCUCCUCCAGCUAGAUGUGUCUCAAAACUUCUUGACUGGCACAUUACUGGUUGAUAUGGGCUCUUUGAAGCAAAUUUAUAGCAUGGACCUCUCUGCCAACCUCUUGGUUGGUAGCAUCCCAUAUUCGGUUGGACAACUCCAAACGAUAGCCUACUUGAACCUAUCACACAAUUCAUUUGAUGAUUCACUUCCAGAAUCUUUCAGCAAGUUAACCAGCUUGCAAAGUUUGGACCUAUCACAUAACAGUCUCUCUGGUACAAUACCAAAGUACCUAGCAAAUUUCACCAUCCUGACCAGCUUGAACCUGUCUUUCAACAAGCUACAAGGUCAAGUACCAGAAGGUGGUGUCUUUUCAAAUAUUAGUCAACAAUCCUUGAUGGGGAAUUCUGAGCUUUGUGGUGCUUCACGUUUAGGAUUUCCAAUGUGCCCAAGUAACUCUAAAAGAACUAAUAAUGGCCGCAUGCUGAAGAUUUUGCUCCCUACUAUCAUCAUAGCAAUUGGACUUGUAGCUUUCUGCAUAUAUGUAACAACCAGAAAGAAGAUUAAGAAGCAGCAAGGGAUGUCAGGUUCUCCCGGUAUGGUUGACAUGCCCACCCAUCACCUGGUCUCGUACCAUGAGCUUGUUAGAGCAACUGAUGAUUUUAGUGAGAGCAACCUACUAGGGUCUGGAAGUUUUGGAAAAGUUUUCAAGGGCCAGCUAAGCAAUGGUUUGAUUGUUGCAAUAAAAGUUCUAGACAUGCAGCUAGAACAAGCGAUGAGAAGCUUUGAUACAGAGUGUGGUGUACUACGGAUGGCACGACACCGCAAUCUAAUGAGGAUACUCAAUACCUGCUCCAACUUGGAGUUUAGGGCACUGGUGCUUCAAUAUAUGCCCAAUGGCAGCUUAGAGAUGCUUCUACACAACUCUCAAGGUACAACACAAUUGGGAUUCAGUGAGAGACUAGGCAUCAUGCUUGAUGUGUCAUUGGCAAUGGAGUAUCUUCACCAUGAACACUACGAUGUGGUCUUGCACUGUGACUUGAAGCCUAGCAAUGUGUUGUUCGAUGAAGACAUGACAGCACAUGUGGCAGAUUUUGGCAUUGCAAGGUUGUUACUAGGUGAUAACAGCUCUACAAUCACUGCGAGCAUGCCUGGAACUAUUGGCUACAUGGCACCAGAGUAUGGGGCUCAGGGAAAAGCUUCACGAAAAAGUGAUGUAUUCAGCUUUGGAAUCAUGCUCUUUGAAGUCUUCACUAGAAAGAGACCCACAGAUGCGUUUUUUGUCGGAGAUAUAAGCCUGAGGCAGUGGGUUGUUGAGGCGUUUCCUGCAGAACUUUUCCGUGUUGUGGAUGAUCAGCUACUACAAGGGUCUUUUAGCUGCAGCACGGAAGGCUUUCUUGUGCCGAUAUUUGAGUUGGGUUUGUCCUGCACUAGCGACUCUCCUGACCAAAGGAUGACAAUGAGCGAUGUGGUUGUGAAGCUGAAGAAGAUCCAAGUGGCCUACAAUAAAUCAAUAGCGGCCGCACGGAAUGAAGCCAGUCAUUGACCAACAUUGCUUAGUUCGUCCUGCUAUAUAUCAGAAUAAAGGGCGAAAACCAUGCAGCCGAAUUCAAGAUGUCAAAAAGCUAUGAUGCAGCUAUUAAGAUAUGCCACAGGAAUAGACUAGAACCUUCUAGAUCCUAUCCCGUACAUGGUUUGGUUGAGAUAAACCUUAACCGUCUUCCAUGUAAUCCCUAGUAUUCCCUAUGUAUCAAGUAUUCAAGUCCAAUAACCUCUGGAUGUGAUUUCCUGCUUGUAUGCUAUUACGGGAUAUGCACCGCAAUAUAAAUACAUUGUACGCGG